GUCUCGCAUGCUCUCCCUGUAGCUGAAUCCCUCCCUCCACCUCUCCCCCUUUCUCUCGCUCUGCACCUCUGUUGCCCUUGCGAGAUCAGAGAAGCGCCUCGGAACCCUAAUCUAUCGAUUGAUUUCUCCAUCGUAUUGAUACAUUCGGGAUUGAUCCCUGUCGGUUUGUUGUCUCAUGACCGAAGUGUUCGCCAAAACCUGAAGAGUUUCUUCAACGCUUCAAAGCUGCUGGAGGGAUUAAGUUUCGAAUUAGAUCUCGGAGAUUUCACAAUCCAGUGGGAACCAUGCACCGGAGUGGUGGUCCCAGAAGAACAAAUGAGAGUGCAAAGCUUAUUAUCACAACAAUUGUGGGAAUGGUGGUUGGGUUUUUCAUUGGUAUCACAUUCCCAUCUCUUUCUCUUACAAAGAUUAACUUACCCUCGGGCCUUAUAUCAUCUCUUGAUGUAGCAAUAUCAGAUGGGAGGUUGUUUUCUAGUGGCAAAUCCCCUGAAGAUUUUGGCUCAAGAGAAUUUCCAAAGAUAUAUGUUCCAACCAAUCCGCGCGGUGCAGAAUUACUCCCUCCUGGAAUUGUUGUGGCAGAAACAGAUUUCUACUUGCGUAGAUUAUGGGGUGAACCUAGUGAAGACCUGAAGAAGAAACCAAAAUAUCUUGUAGCAUUUACAGUUGGAUUUGAGCAGAGAAACAAUGUUGAUGCAGCUGUUAAGAAGUUUUCCGACGAUUUCCAAAUUUUGUUGUUUCAUUAUGAUGGUCGGACAACUGAGUGGGACCAGUUGGAGUGGUCAAAGAAUGCGAUUCAUAUUAGUGCAAGAAGGCAAACAAAAUGGUGGUAUGCAAAGAGAUUUUUGCAUCCUGAUAUUGUCUCAGCUUAUGAGUACAUAUUUAUAUGGGAUGAAGAUCUUGGAGUAGAGCACUUCAAUGCAGAGAAGUACAUUGAGUUAGUUAAGAAGCAUGGUUUGGAGAUUUCGCAACCGGGGCUGGAGCCCAACAAUGGACUUACAUGGGAAAUGACAAAGAGGAGGGGUGAUCGCGAGGUCCACAAAGAAACAAAAGAAAAACCAGGAUGGUGCAGUGACCCACAUUUACCUCCAUGUGCUGCCUUUGUUGAAAUUAUGGCACCUGUAUUUUCUCGAGAAGCAUGGCGGUGUGUGUGGCAUAUGAUUCAGAAUGAUCUGGUUCAUGGCUGGGGCCUUGACUUUGCUCUCAGGCGAUGUGUUGAGCCUGCUCAUGAAAAGAUCGGAGUGGUGGACGCCCAAUGGAUUAUUCAUCAAGUGAUUCCUUCCCUUGGAAAUCAGGGACAAGCGGAGAAGGGGAAAGCCCCGUGGCAAGGGGUGAGAGAGAGGUGCCGGAAGGAAUGGACAAUGUUCCAGAGCCGAAUGGUGGAGGCAGAUAAGGAGUACAUUGGUCGGACGGUGGGAAAAUGAUAAGUCUCUCUACUCUCUCUAUUUCCUUGUGUACAUGAUUGAAAACUUCUUCCCAUGUCAUAGAUAUCCUUCCCCCCAUCUAUUCCCUGACUUAGCAAGUGAUAUUACAUGCAUCCUCUUUUUGAGUUCUUGGUGGAAUCUCUCCCCAGUCCCCCUUCCCGCAGAAUAAAUGGUUUUGUAUUUUGUAGGGGGUUCGUUCGUUAUCUAAUCUUUAAGGGUUUGAAACUUUCUUUCUUUGAGUGAAUGAUCCUCUCGAGUUUGGGUGAAUCUUGAUAUGGGUUUUGUUGGUCA